CACACGGUCAUUCACUUCCAAUGCCCCUCCCUUCAUCUACACAGCAUGUCCUCACAACCCUCAGCAUAGCCACGACAGCCCUGACAGCAGGCAGCAUCUUCACCUUCCCCAUCUUUGGUCCUGCCCUCACCCGCGAUCUCGGACUCAGCCUAACGCAGACCAAUCUAUUGUGGGGAGGAGCUGUACUGGGAGAAUACCUAACCGCAGCAAUAUGGGGCGCACUAGCUGAUGCCAAGGGGCCAAGAUUACUAAGCGGAGCUGCAGCCAUCAUGUUCUUUGUAGGGUAUCAAUGCAUGGCGUACGCCGAUGUCGUUGCGCUCGAUGCUCAACGGCAGGCCAUCGGCGGGCCUGAGCCAAAGAUGGCAAAAGGCUCCUUUCUCGUGACCCUCAUUGCUUUCACGGCUAUUGGUUCGGGAGUGGCUGCAAGCUACUUCUCUGCCGUGACCGCUUCGACGCGCGUCUUUCGCAGCAGACCAGGACUCGCCAUUGCUGGCCCGUUGACGCUAUUCAGCCUGUCGAGCUUGUUCCUCACUUCGUUGGGGACGCAAUUCUUCUCGGACGAGGCGACGGGGGAUCUCGACGCUUCGGGCUUUCUCAGCUUCCUGGGUUGGCUACUGGGAGCGACGAACGCCUUCGCCACCGUCUUCAUGAGUACGCCGCCUACGGAGGCUCCGGCCAGCGCUCGGCCUCACGAUCGUAGCAGCUCAGAGGAGACACCCCUCCUCCACGGCGACGACACUACCGCAUCACCGCAAGCCCUUAUCCUGCCAGGCGUCCCCGAAUCCCAAAGCAUCUUCGCCUUCCUCUCUACGCCUGCAGUCUGGUCUCUCGGCCUCCUCAUGGUAGUGGGCGUCGGCGGGGCGGAGAUGGUUCUCUCCUCCAUCGGCAAUGUAGUCGUCGCGCUCCUUGGAUCGCAGACGGAGGGACAUGCACCAGGAAUGCUGGGAAUUCUCGCUCGUCCGGGCAUCGGACCUGUAGCGCUGGAGAUCAGGGCAAGCCAGGUCAAGCUCCUGGCCGCGGCUAAUACCGUCGCCAGGCUGCUCGGUGGCAUCUUGUCCGACGCCGUUGCGCCCAACCCUAGCGCCGCCACUUCAUCAUCAUCAUCAUCGUCGUCGUCAGCGUCACGCAGCCGCCUGCCGCGCAUCAGCCGCAUCACCCUCCUUCUCGUCGCCAUGCUCCUCUUGCUCGGCGCAUUCACUUUCGCCUCCUUUGGGCUGGACUCCACCGAUGGAUUGCCAGCAUUCAGUCUGCUGGUCGGACUGUCAUACGGCCUGAUCUUUGUCCUCGUCCCCUCAAUCACAGUCUCCUCCUUCGGCACAGCCAACUUCGGGCGCAAUUGGGGCCUGCUAAGCUAUCUCUGCGCAGUAGGCUCCACCGCUUUCUCGCUGCUGUACGCAGCAAACUCAGAUCGGGUAGCAGCAGGCGACGGCGAGCACAGACCGGGGAACGGUGCGACGUGCGUGGCAGGGCCGAGCUGCUUUCGCGCGUCAUUCCAGGUCGCCAUGCUUGGCAUGGUCGCUUGCGUCGUUGCCAUCAUUCCCGUUUGGAGGAGAUGGCGCAAUCAUCUGUAGAUAGCAUGCAAAUAGAAGACGUUUCUGCA